AUGUCUACACCAGGUCCUCCAACUAAGCCCUUCAGGUGGAUUGAGGGAUUUCCACUACAUUGGGAGAUUGUAUCUGGUCACCCUAUAGCCGAAAAACUUGGCAACAUGCGCGCAGCUCUUGAAUCUAGUGCUGAUCCAAAUGCACUAGAUAAAGCCCCACGCCCUGAACAGAGUAUGGGUCGACCACUCCAUUAUGCUACUGAUACUCUUCAUUUCGAUUUCAUGCCUCGAUAUGAAAAUUUACCUAUUGUGGAGUUGUUGUUGGAAUUUGGAGCUGAUCCACGAAUGGAAGGUAUGGCGGGACUAAGAGAGUCACCGUUGGAAGAUGUGGAGAGGAUAGUGCAGACUAACUAUCCGAAACUUGGGGAGAGGGAUAUGGAGAUUUUUAAAGCGGCGUUGGUGGCUAUGGAGGAGAAGGCGAGGGAGUUAGAAGGGCGUCAUGGACGAACUCGUGUCAAGUCAGUUGAGAAGAAGCCGUCUCCCUUAUAUUGA